CAGAGACAGGAAAUAGGGGGUCUUUGGGUAAUGAGUUCCAGCCACACUUGAAACAGAAAGCCAGGGAAAGCAUUACUUGAAAAUAGUUUCUGUAUGAGAGUUUAGUAAUUUUUAGCUUGUUGUUUUGCCAUUAAUAGGAAACAGUUACUGCAGGUUUAGACUACUAUGGAAGGCUCCUUUUUUCAAAGAGACCAUCUGGCAUGAUGCAUCUUUUGAAGCUUUUAGAAUGAUGUUGCUGCUUGUCACUAAUUGUGAUCUGCACUAAAAAAAACAGCUGCUCAGAGGGGAGAGUCUGAAGUUUAUGCAGUUGUGUGUUGUAUAUACAUCCGUCAGUAGAGUUUGGGAUAAGCCUGAGGGACAGAGGCAGGAGAUUUAAGAAAAAUAUGGACACGGAUUCAUGCUCUUAGAGGUGGGGGCGGAAAGGGGAGACGGAGUGAUUGCAUUCUGCAAGACGAAGCUCUAUCCUCUGUCCAAAAAGUUCCUCUUAACCCUGGAAAUAUUAUUGCUGAGAUGGGCCCAAAGCAUGGAUGGUGAGAUUGAUAUUUACAAGCACUUCACCUGGCUAAAGAGGUCUCAGGUGAAUCAUCUUUCUUCUGCUAACAAUGAAACCUAUCAAGAACGACUGGCACGAUUAGAAGGUGAUAAAGAGUCCCUCAUACUGCAGGUGAGUGUCCUCACGGAUCAAGUGGAGGCCCAAGGAGAGAAAAUCCGGGACCUAGAAGUCUGUCUUGAGGGGCAUCAGCUAAAACUUAAUGCUACUGAAGAAAUGCUUCAACAGGAGCUGCUAAGUCGAACGUCACUAGAGACUCAGAAACUAGAUCUAAUGGCAGAAGUUUCAGACCUGAAGAUUAAGUUGGUUGGCAUGGAGAAGGAACAGAGUGAAUAUGAAGAGAAGCAGAACAAAGCUGAGUCAGUAGUGAACCUGAUCAGUGAGCUACAGGACCAGAUGUGUAGACUACAGCUGGAAAUUAAUAGUAAAAUCCAGGAAAGAAAGUCUCAAGAUAGGAAACUUGAACUGACAGCUAAUGAUCUUCAGGCCAGCACAAGAUCAGUGGUAGAGAGCCUCUCCCAGAAGAAUUGCUCUCUGUGUGAUGGUUUGCUUCAGGAACUCAAACAUCUCAAAAUUAAAGUAGAAGAGCUGGAAAAUGAAAGAACCCAAUAUGAAUGGAAAUUAAAAGCAACCAAAGCUGAAAUAGCCCAGCUUCAGGAGCAGUUAGCUCUCAAAGAUGCAGAAAUUGAACGUUUACAGAGUCAACUCUCCAGGACCUUGGUGCAUAAUGAAAUUGCAGAAAGAGGGGAACUAUAUAGGAGAAGGCUAAAAGAAAAACAUCAAGAAGUUCAACGACUGAAGAUAGGAAUGGAAUCAUUGUUAGCUGCAAAUGAAGAAAAGGACCGUCGAAUAGAGGAUUUAACAGUGCUGCUAAGCCAGUACAGAAGGGUGAAGGAGAUAAUGUUAGCAGCUCAUGGCUCUUCAGAGAGAAUUCUAUCUGGUAGCAGUGAAGAGGAACUUGAGGCAAGUUUGAAGAAGUGGAAUCUCAUGAAUAAGCCCCCAGCAGAAUUACUCAAAUCCGAGAUGCCUCCAGGAGAAUUGUCACCAACUAUGGAGUCUUUACUGCCACAAAAAACUCUGGAAAUCAGUGGAAGCAUUCCAGUUCCUUCAAAUAACUUUAUUUCUCCACAUGAGGAAUCCUUGGAAACCAGAAGUAGGGUUCCACAGAAAAAAAUGUCAAGUAGUCUAGAGGACUUGCAGAGUGAAUCCAUGGAAAAGCAUGUAGACGGGAAACCAGUAGAACCUGUUGUAGAGCAAGAGAAUAAACCAUAUGUGAAGAGUAACAAAUAUCAGACCUUGCCAGGGAAGCUUCUUCGACCCACACACAACGGAGAUCAUGGAACAUACGAUACUCCCACUUCCCUAAAUGUAUUUGGAAUGAAUGACAAUGAGGACAACAGUGUAUUGAGCCUGAAUCGCAUCAGGAGUAUUAGUGCACCAAUAUUAGGAGAGACAGAAAAUAUGGAUGGUACAAUAACUUCAGGUGAACUUUCACCCCUUUCUUCUGGAACAGAAUCGGGUCCACAGUCUCCAUUGUCUCCAGAAAAUAAAAAGAGCCCAAAAGGCAUCAGGAAAAUCUGGGGAAAAAUAAGAAGAACUCAGUCAGGUAACUUCCAUGCAGACGAUCUAGGUUUAGCUGAAUUUCGAAGAGGUGGUCUCCGUGCAACAGCUGGACCUCGAUUAUCUAGAUCAAAGGAAACAAAGGGGCAGAAGAGUGACUACAAUGCCCCCUUUGCUCAGUGGAGCACUGAAAGAGUUUGUAACUGGCUUGAGGACUUCGGUCUUGGUCAGUAUGUCAUUUUUGCACGUCAGUGGGUGACUUCUGGCCACACGUUAUUAACAGCAACACCUCAGGACAUGGAAAAGGAACUAGGAAUAAAACAUCCUCUGCACAGGAAGAAAUUAGUCUUGGCCGUUAAAUCAAUAAAUACAAAACAGGAUGAUAAGUCUGCACAACUAGAUCAUAUCUGGGUGACACGAUGGCUUGAUGAUAUUGGCUUACCUCAGUACAAAGAUCAGUUUCAUGAAUCCAGAGUUGAUGGGAGAAUGUUGCAGUACUUAACUGUGAAUGACCUUCUCUUUCUGAAAGUCACCAGCCAGCUGCAUCAUCUCAGUAUUAAAUGUGCCAUUCACGUGCUCCAUGUCAACCAGUUCAACCCUCAUUGUCUACGUAGGAGGCCAGUUGAUGAGAAUAAUAUUUCACCUUCUGAAGUAGUGCAGUGGUCCAAUCAUAGAGUGAUGGAAUGGCUCAGAUCAGUAGAUCUGGCAGAAUAUGCACCAAACCUUCGAGGAAGUGGAGUUCAUGGUGGCCUCAUUAUUCUUGAACCUCGCUUUAAUGGUGACACACUGGCAAUGCUGCUUAACAUUCCACCUCAAAAGACCCUCCUGAGACGCCACCUGACCAGUAACUUUAACGUGUUAAUUGGGCCAGAAGCACAACAAGAAAAAAGAGAAAUAAUGGAAUCUACAGCUUACACACCUCUGACUACCACUGCUAAAGUUCGGCCAAAGAAACUUGGAUUUUCACAUUUUGGAAACUUACGAAAAAAGAAAUUUGAUGAAUCUACAGAUUACAUUUGUCCUAUGGACACAAGUCCAGGUGCAACUAAUGGUACUCAGAAGAGCUACGGUGGAUACAAAGGACUUAAUCAACUCACUGAUAGGGAAUUGGACAAACUGGAUCAGAUGGAACAUUCAGAAGGAACAGUAAUGCAAAUAGGGGUGCUCUCUCAAGGCAUAAGCAACCUCACGGAUAUGCUCAGCCAAGAUGAAAUGCUGAAUGACAGCAGAUUUUUAACACCUACCUUUGAAGACUGGAGAUGAUGAACAUGACCAAGAACAUUGUUA